GUUGCUGCUUCUUUCGCCAUCUUCCGGUGUCCACAGUUAGCAGCAAUGGCUGGCCUGCAACCGUUUAAUGUUGCUAUUAUUUCCUUUGUUUUGUUAUUGAUAUGCGCAAAUUUAGUAUCAUGUAAUAACGGCCGGAGGGUCGGUGAUCCUUUGGAGGCCGAGCUCAGUGGUUUCUCUGUGCCGCUUGAACACUCGUUUGAACUCGAUGAUGUUGCAAAGUUUCAGUUGCGUGGAUCUUUGCUGCUGAAAACGGGUCGGGAGCCGAGCGUUUCUCUAACUCAGAACCAGCUGUCAGAAGACGACCGCUCCAAGCUGAAGGAAGUGGCUGCAGUCGACGGCCUGUACAGAAUCCGAGUGCCUCGGGUUUUCCUGCAGGCGGACAGACAGACGGAGUGGCAGAUGGACGGUUACCUCACAGCGUUCGUCAGAGCCUGUGCGAUGGUCGAGUCCCACCUGAGCGACGUGAUCACGCUCCACACCGACGUGUCGGGAUACCUUAUCGGCGUCUCCAUAGUAACCUUACCUGGAGCCUGCAGAGGCGCCGAGGUCGAGGAUGAAGUCGACCUGGAGGUUUUCAACACGACUCUGAGCAUCAUGGCGCCUGUAAACGCUCCAGGACCGGAGACGGCUCUGUUCCUGGAACGGAUGGAACAAGAAUCUGAGAAGAAAGGAAAGAAUCCACAAGAGCAGAAAUCGUUCUUUGCCAAAUACUGGAUGUACAUCGUGCCUCUCGUUCUCUUCCUGAUGAUGUCAGGCGCCCAGGACCAAUCAGGCGGCGGCGCUGGCGGUGGAGCCGCCAACGGAGGAGGUCGAUGAUCAACUGUUUGUUUUUUUCCGGUAACAUUCACUGAAUAAUAAUUCUCAGAUUUUAUCUGCUGUACAUAAAGCUAUUUAAGGAGCAACAUAUUUGUUGUGCAUCUGAAAUCUGUACAGUAAAAAGGAAAGUUUGUGACCCGCAGGCGACUGCACUUUUACUGAUGUGGAAAAUAAAGUAUUUAUUACUUUA